AUGAGCUCUAAGGACAAAUUGAAGCUUCUCAAAACGUUGACAGCAUCUAGGGCCAAUAAAUCCAGUAAGGAGUUUUUGGAUAAGGAGCUAGAACUUGCUGCUGAAAGUCAGGUUUAUGAUUUGGUAGAUGAAAACCAAUUUCGUGAACGUAAUAGGAAGGAAUUAUUACGGGAUGAUUUUGUUGUCGAUGAUGAUGGUAAGGGUUACAUUAAUAAAGGUAUUGAUGAAUGGGAUGCGCGGUAUCAGGAAGAUGAUUACAGCGAUUUUGAUGAUGCCGAUGCUGAAAUUCGGGUGAAGGCACAGAGGGUUAAGAGUACUAAACCUAAUGUUAUUAGUGAUAUGAUUAACAACGUUCAAAAGUCGAGGGCUGCAGUAUCUGUACAGAAAAAGCCAAAAAAAAUCAAUGCAGAUGAAUUCGAUGACAUUUUAGAACAGUUUGAUUCUGAAAUCGUAUCGGCGCAGCCGAAGUCUAGCACAUUGAUAACGGGGGGGAUGAAUGGAUUUAAUUCUGAAAAGAGAUCUAGGCCGUUGGGUACGCCUGCCGUUCAAAACAAGAAGCCUAAACUAGAUGAUUCAUUUGAUAACAUUAAGGAGGUUUCUUCUAUGGAUUCUUCACCUUUAAAGUUUAAAAGCAAACUGCAGCAACGUGCAGUUAACACAGACUCGGUUGAUGAGCCUGGAUUGAACAAUGUUGCGAAUAACAUACAGAGUUCUCCGGUGGCAACAAAACCUAGGUCAUCUCCCUUAAAAAAUGAAGUAUUUGUUAUAGAUGAUCUUCCAUCUACUUCGAAUGCAUCCUUCGAUGACAAUGAUAGCGACGAUGAUAUUCAAUUUGGAAGAAGAACUGUAAAGACUGUUGCUUCAGAUAGGAAAGUUACAUUCACUACUGCAGUCCCCAACAGUUCUUCGCCGCAUGUAAUCGCACAUGGUACGCCAUUUGAUCAAAAUAUGCAGAUUGCCGGCAGUGGUAUUGCACAAGUAGCUGUAUCUGGACAAUUGGGUAGCGUAUAUACUGAAGACUCUAUUGUUGAUGGGACAGAUAACUCCUUUAAAAUGUUUUGGGCAGACUUCACAGAGUUGGACAGCACUUUGUUAUUGUUCGGCAAAGUUAAAACUAAACAUGGAAAAUUCAUAUCUGCUAUGGUUCAGGUUGCUGGUUUGCAUAGGGAAUUAUAUUUUCUACCCAGAGAAGGGAAAACAACCAUGGAGGUCCAUGAAGAGAUUAUUCCACUACUUUUGGAUAAAUAUGGUUUAGAUAAUAUACGUGCCAAGCCCACAAUCAAGAAAUAUGCAUUUGAAUUACCUGGAAUACCAAAAGAAGCAGAAUACCUUAAGGUGUUACUUCCUUACAAUACUCCAAAAUGUAAAAACAUGACAAUUCCUGCUGAUCUUUCAGGGGAUACGUUUUAUCAUGUGUUUGGAGGUGGUACUAAUAUAUUUGAAAGUUUUGUUCUACAACAGAAAAUAAUGGGCCCAUCAUGGUUAAACAUUCGUAACGGUGACUUUAAUGAGUUGCAGAAUGCUUCUCAUUGUGCUAUUGACGUAUUUAUUUCAAAUCCUCAAGAUAUUGUUCCUAUUCAAGAAAAGUUGGAAGCACCUCCAUUGAAUUGCGUUUCUUUAGCAGUACAGACCAUUAUGAACCCAAAGGAAAAUAAACAAGAACUUGUGAGUAUUACUAUGACUAAUUACGAUGCCCUACCGCAGGAAAAACCAAUUCCAGAUACCAUAAAACCAAAUGAGGUUGUAACACUAGUUAGACCACUUGUAGGCUCGACAUUCCCCCCUGGAUUAUCCACAUUGAGCAAAAAGGAGUUACCUGGAAUGGUCAGAAUGUUCAACAAUGAAAAGGCUAUGUUGAAUUGUUUGUGUGCGAUGAUGAAAAGAAAUGAUCCAGAUGUUAUCAUAGGGCAUAAGCUUGAAAGUCUCACUCUUGAUGUUCUUUCUCAUAGAGCAUUCGAGUUAGAAGUUCAAACAUUUAGUUCAUUUGGGAGGCGCGUGAGAAAGUCAUGGCCCGAUAACUUUGGUAAGAAAAAUGCUAACUUAGUUAAGUUUCAUGUUAGAGAUAUAUUUUCCGGUAGGUUGCUUUGUGAUGUAUCGAAUGAAAUGGGUCAAUCUCUCACCCAAAAGUGUCAGAAUUGGGAACUAACAGAAAUGUAUCAAGUAGCUUGCCAGAAGGAUCACAAGGCGAUUGAGAUCAAUUUUAAUGAUGUUAGAUUUCAAGAGGACGUCAGUCUUUUCGUAUUGGCCUUAAAGGAAAAUAUUUUUGCUUCUAAAAUCGCAGCAGAGAUUGCAUUCCGAAUCCAAAUUUUACCGUUAACAAAGCAGCUAACGAAUUUGGCUGGUAAUGCCUGGUGUCAGACUUUGGGUGGUACCAGAGCCGGUAGAAAUGAAUUCAUCUUGUUACAUGAAUUCAACAGAAGCAACUACAUUGUACCAGAUAAAGAGACCAAACAAAUGAGAAAUAGUAAACAACAUAAAGCGAAUGAAACAACAACUUCUAAUGAUGGUAACCAAACUUCAGCUUCUAAUAAAAAGCCCAAAUAUCAAGGUGGUCUAGUUUUUGAACCAGAGAAGGGACUGCAUAAAAAUUACGUGCUUGUUAUGGACUUUAAUUCCUUGUAUCCAUCAAUAAUUCAGGAGUUUAAUAUUUGUUUUACUACUGUUGAAAGGGAUCCAGGGGAUAUAGAACAAUUGCCGGAAGUACCACCUAGUGGAAUUGUACAAGGAGUUCUGCCAAAGCUUCUUGCUAAUCUGGUUCAGCGCCGCCGAGAGGUUAAAAAGCUAAUGAAAUUAGAAAUAGAUCCUCAGAAAAAGGCUGAAUGUGAUAUAAGACAACAGGCCUUAAAGUUGACUGCAAAUUCUAUGUAUGGUUGUUUGGGUUACGUCAAUAGUAGAUUUUACGCUAAACCCUUGGCAAUGUUGGUUACUAAUAAAGGUAGAGAGAUUUUAAUGAAUACUCGACAAUUAGCAGAGAGUUUGGCACUCUCAGUUAUUUAUGGUGAUACUGAUUCUGUGAUGAUAGAUACGGGCUGUGAUAAUUAUAAGGAAUCAGUGAAUAUAGGUGAAAACUUUAAAAAAUUAGUGAAUGAGAGAUAUAAGUUGUUAGAAAUUGAUAUUGAUAAUGUCUUCAAGAAACUAUUAUUACAUGCUAAAAAGAAAUAUGCAGCGCUUAAUGUUGGAUUUGAUAAAUUAGGCAAUGAAACUUCCUCCUUAGAGGUGAAAGGGUUGGAUAUGAGGCGUCGUGAGUAUUGUCCGUUAUCGAAGGAAGUGUCAACACAGGUAUUGAAUACAAUUUUGUCUGACAAAGAUCUGGAAAGUGCGUUACAAGAGGUGUAUGAAUUCAUGGAGGAAAUCAGGUCUAAAAUUGAGAAUAAUGAGAUUAGGGUGGAUAAAUAUAAAAUUAACACAAAGCUGUCGAAGGAUCCUAAAUCAUAUCCUAAUGGUAAGUCCAUGCCGGCCGUCCAAGUUGCGUUGAAAAUGCGAGAGGCUGGUAAAGUCAUCAAAGCUGGCAGUGUUAUUACAUUUGUUAUUACAAAAGGCCCUCAAGGGAAAGAUUCUACCGAUAGUUCUAACAGUAGUCCAGCAGAUAGGGCUUAUCCGUUACAUGAUGUCAUGAAUAAACGAAAUGAACUAGCCCCUGAUCCAAAAUACUACCUAGAAAAACAAAUAUUUGCUCCAGUAGAGAGAAUAUUAGAAAGAGUCGAAAGUUUUGACAUUGUAAGAUUAAGUGAAUCUUUAGGUCUGGAUAGUAGGCGUUACAUUAAUCGGGUUGGAUCGGGGGGUGAAUUAAACGGAGGCAGUUCUUCUAAUCUACAACCACUGGAAUCCACCAUCAGUGAUACGGAAAGAUUUAAAGACACAGAAUGGUUAGAUAUAACGUGCUCUAUUUGUCAGCACAAAUUUCCAUUCGGUGGCAUUACUGCCUCUAAUCAUUAUCAAUGGACAUAUAACGGUCUCCAAUGCAAGCAUUGCGACCACUUAUUUUCUUUAAUUGAGCUUACUUGUCAGCUAGAAAGGUCGAUCCGAUCACACAUAUCCUUGUACUACGCUGGAUGGCUUUUAUGUGAUGAUCCGACAUGUAAUAAUUUGACCAGACAAAUAAGUGUGUUUGGAAAGCGCUGUUUGAAUGAGAAUUGUACUGGGGUUAUGAGAUACCGAUAUAGUGAUAAGAAACUGUACAACCAGCUCUUAUACUUCGAUUCGUUAUUUGAUAUUGAAAAGAAUAAAAAGCAAGAAUUAAAACCGCUCUAUCUACCGAAUGAUGCGGACAUUCCAACUGAUCUGCUUAACUCUUCUCAAAUUGCUGCCUUGUCAGAGCAAAAUCGUGAAACGUUCAAUAUCAAUCGUAGCGUAGUCCAAAAGUACCUUGAUCAAUGUGGUCGUCGUUAUGUGGAUAUGGGUGAUAUAUUUGACUUUAUGAAAGCUUAG